AUGCCAUCCCUAUCAGCCCACAUUGUCAUACGUGCUACGAACCGUGCACUCGAGAUUCCGACUGGCCUGUUCAUCAACAACGAGUUUGUUCCCUCCGCGGAUUCCCCUAAUGAUCUCAUCCACCUAGUUAACCCUGCGACAGAGCAGACUAUAUGCUCCGUGGCAGCUGGCUCGGCAAAGGACAUAGACAUAGCGGUUGCAGCGGCUCGCAAAGCUUUCAAUACCACAUGGGGGAAAAAUGUGACUGGUUUCGAAAGGUCUAAGCUCCUGAAUAAGCUGGCAGAUCUUAUGGAGAGGGAUCAAGAUAUACUCGCAGAGAUCGAGUCUUUGAAUAACGGCAAGCCAUUCAAAAUCGCGAGGGAUUUUGAUAUCGGGGACAGUAUCCAGUGCUUGCGGUACUAUGCGGGGUGGGCCGAUAAAAUAACCGGACAAACUAUCGAAGUCGACAACAAAACCAAGCUUGCUUUCACUAGACACGAUCCUAUCGGAGUUUGCGGACAAAUUAUUCCAUGGAAUUACCCAAUCAAUAUGUGGGCAUGGAAAGUUGCCCCUGCCCUUGCAUGCGGGUGUACCAUCGUUAUGAAACCCUCCGAACUUACCCCUUUGACGGCCCUUAUGCUGUCGAAGCUUAUCGUUGAAGCCGGAUUUCCACCAGGCGUGGUGAACACGAUUCCUUCCCUGGGAUCUGUUGGCGGUGUGGCCUUAUCAAUGCACAUGGAUGUCGAUAAGGUUGCGUUCACCGGGUCUACAGUAACUGGCCGCAAGGUUAUGGAAGCCGCGGCCAAAAGCAAUCUGAAGAAGGUGUCUCUGGAGUUGGGUGGCAAGUCGCCCCAGUUAGUUUUCGAGUCCGCGGAUUUGGAGCAAGCCGCAAACUGGGCUUGCCUCGGUAUUUUGUACAAUACUGGCCAGGAUUGCACGGCAGGAUCUCGUUUGUAUGUUCAGGACACGAUCUAUGACAAGUUUGUCUCCCUCCUCGUCUCUAAAGCCAAGGAGCUCGUGAUCGGCGAUGGCUUCGACGAGAAGAGCGGAGGUGGACCCCUGGUAUCUAAAACUCAAUUCGACAAGGUUUGGCGAUAUAUCGAGAGCGGUCAGGCUCAAGGCGCAAAGGUGGUUCUGGGUGGCCAAAAGCGUCCUGGUAAGGGUUUCUUUGUUGACCCUACGAUUUUCACGGACAUUAAAGCGAACAUGGAUAUCGUCCGAGAUGAGAUCUUUGGGCCGGUUCUGGCGGUGGGCCGAUUCAAAACUGAAGAGGAAGCCAUUUCGCUGGCCAAUGACACGUCUUACGGUCUCGGUGCUGGUUUACACUCCAAUGAUGCAAAUCAGUGCAUGCGCGUCUCGUCUGCCCUUGAAGCUGGAACGGUUUGGGUCAAUCAGUACAAUUUGUUGAAUAACAAUGUUCCGUUUGGCGGGAAAAAGCAGAGUGGCAUCGGCCGUGAACUUGGAAGCUAUGCCCUUGAUGAGUACACUUCGGUCAAGGCUAUUCACUGGAACUUUGGAGAGAAACUUGAUUGGCCACUGUAG